AUGGCCUCCUCUAUCACUCUGCCACCUCCAAACGCCAAAUAUUCAUUCAGCGUCUUGGAGAAUAUAUUCAAGCAAGGACUUCCCGACACUGAUGCCGAUACUUUUGAAUAUGCAAAAGAGAACUUUGGUCUCAUCCAGCGAGAGUAUCCUUCAGAUGCCACUCUCGAAGACGCAGCAAACCAAACUCAAUGGCAGAGAUUCGAACACUAUAUCCGUGACUUGAAUGCCCAUGCCGAAGAAGGUGUCGAGUACAAACUUCUGUACUUGGGCAGACAUGGACAAGGAUACCACAAUGUCGCUGAAAGCAGAUAUGGCACAAAACUCUGGGAUGACUACUGGGCCAAACAAGAAGGCGACGAACACGCUCACUGGGCAGACGCCCAUCUAACCCCAAUCGGCGAACAACAAGCCCUUGACGUAAACGCCUUCUGGGAAAUCGCUUUGACGCAACAAAAAGUCCCAGCACCAGAAACCUACUACACAUCCCNNCCCUUCUACCGCUGCCUCCAAACGUCCUGGCUUUCUUUCCAUUCCCUCGCCUUGCCCGAGGAUAAACAAUUCAUUCCCAUCAUCAAAGAACUCCUCCGCGAAACCAACGGCGUACACACCUGCGACCGCCGCGGUCCCUCCUCAAUCAUCCGCAAAGACUUUCCAACCUACAUUCUCGAANAAGGCUUACCCGAAACAGAUAUUUCGUGGACGGCUACUCAUCGCGAAACACCUACUGGACAUAUCCUCCGCGAGCAUGUGUGUCUAGAGCAGAUUUGGGACGAGCAGAGAAAGAAGGGUGUGUUUUUGUCGUUGACGGCGCAUUCGGGGACGAUUGCCGCCAUGUUGGGGGCGGUGGGGCAUAGGAGGUUUGCGUUGCCGACUGGAGGGGUGAUUCCUGUUGCUGUUAGGGGUCAGAGGGUGAGGUGA